AUGUCAAGGCCUGUUGAGAGAAUAGCAGAGAUCAAUGAUGGAAAAGAGCUUUGGAAGAUUGUUGUUAGGAUUCACCACAGAUGGAAUGUUGUCUCCAACAACAAGGAACAUUUUGAAAUGAUCUUUGUUGACAAAUUGGGAGAUGAUAUUCAUGAUGUUGUUCCAGCACCGCAUGUGUCGGUGUUCACCGAAAAAUGCUUAUUAGGGCAUACUUAUACUCCGUGUGAAAUUAAUAAAGUUAUUUCAGAUGUCGUUGGAAUGGUGGAUAGUAUUGGUUAUGCACAGACUGAGUCGGGUGCAAAGAAGCAGCAAAUUAGCAUGAUGUUGCGUGACCACAGCAACAACAUGUUGAACUGUACUCUGUGGGAAUCAUACGCGGAUCAGUUCAUCAAGUUUAACAAAGUUAGGGUUGCUGCAUCGCUCCCUACAGUUGUGUUGCUUCAGUAUGCCAAAGUGAAGGAAGAAGGAAAGUAUCCUCUGUCUGUGACAAACACCUACAAUGUGACCCUUUUAUGUGUUGAUGCUGAUUUUCCUGUCAUGAAAGACUUUAUUGAUAGAAUGCCUGAGGAGAGCAGGGUAACCCUGUCUGAACAACUUGGAGGGAAUUCCCAAUAUUCCUCCCAAAGUUCUGAAAAUCAACAGCUCACCCCUGUGCAAAAAUUGUUCUCAAAGGCUGUUGUUUUGCCUAUUGCUGAGAUUAUUCAACUUACGGAUGUUACAUUUUGUGCUACUGUCGCUACAACAAAAUUAUUAGUAGCAUCUCUGUUUGGAUGGUACUAUCGUGCCUGUCAUAUGUGUCAAUCUAUAGCGCGUGGGGACAGCCCCCCCUUUGAGUGUGAAGCUGGUCAUGAAACCAUGGCUGAAGUCCUUAGGUUUUAG